UUCCUUUGGGAAGGUACACAAAUCACUCCAGUUUUAAUCAGAGGCGCAUCAGAGAAUUGUGCGCUCCAAGGAUAGCCUCUUCUUGAAUACUUUCGUGUGUGUGUGUUUUUUCCCCCUCUGAUCUGAGGAGAAAAGAGAAGAAAAGUUGUUAGGGAAUAAUGACAUUUGAUAGUCUCUAAGAUCUGUUUGCUCCUUGUGUUCUCCUUCAGCUGGUCCCAGGACAAGACAUCUUCGGAGAAAACUGCCUUUCGUUUCCACUUUCCUUGCAAACAUUGUGCGUCUUGGUGAUAUCAGGGUUUGUCCUGGUUUUCAAACUCCCUCCAAUCUGCACGCUGAGCUGUCAGAUCUCUCUCUCUUUUACGCACGGGAGGUUGGACACCUGAGAGCACUUGAGCGCACCAACGUGAAGAGAGAGUGUCUGAGAUCCCGUUUUCAUGUUUGGGAUUCAGGAGAGCAUCCAAAGGAGUGGGAGUAGUUUGAAAGAGGAGCCCAUCGGAGCCGGCAUGAACGCAGUCCGAACAUGGAUGCAAGGUGCCGGGGUGCUGGAUGCGAACACGGCCGCGCAGAGCGGAGUGGGGCUUGCCCGGGCGCACUUCGAGAAACAGCCGCCCUCAAACCUGCGCAAAUCCAACUUCUUCCACUUCGUUUUAGCCCUUUAUGACCGACAAGGACAACCAGUGGAAAUUGAGAGGACCUCUUUCGUUGGAUUUGUGGAAAAAGAAAAGGAAACAACUGGAGAAAAGACAAACAAUGGAAUACAUUACAGACUGCAACUUCUCUACAGCAACGGCAUCAGAACAGAGCAGGAUUAUUAUGUACGACUAAUUGACUCCAUGACUAAACAGCCCAUCAUCUAUGAAGGUCAAGAUAAGAACCCGGAGAUGUGCCGCGUGCUCCUGACUCAUGAAAUCAUGUGCAGUCGUUGUUGUGACAAAAAGAGUUGCGGGAACCGUAACGAGACGCCCUCUGAUCCUGUCAUCAUCGACAGGUUUUUUUUAAAGUUUUUCCUGAAAUGCAAUCAGAACUGUCUAAAGAAUGCAGGAAACCCACGGGACAUGCGCCGCUUUCAGGUGGUUGUGUCAACAACAGUCAGUGUAGAAGGACACGUGCUGGCUGUUUCAGACAAUAUGUUUGUGCACAACAACUCCAAACAUGGCAGAAGAGCUCGGAGACUCGACCCGUCAGAGGGAACGCCGUCAUAUCUGGAACAUGCAGCCGCACCUUGUAUCAAAGCCAUUAGCCCCAGUGAAGGCUGGACAACAGGGGGUGCUACUGUCAUCAUCAUUGGAGACAACUUCUUUGACGGAUUGCAGGUCAUCUUCGGCACCAUGUUGGUCUGGAGCGAGCUCAUCACACCUCAUGCCAUCAGAGUGCAGACCCCUCCACGUCAUAUCCCCGGAGUGGUAGAGGUCACGCUCUCCUAUAAGUCCAAACAGUUUUGCAAAGGCACACCAGGCAGAUUCAUCUACACAGCCUUGAAUGAGCCCACCAUAGACUACGGUUUUCAGAGGUUACAGAAGGUGAUACCUCGGCAUCCUGGAGACCCUGAACGUUUGCCAAAGGAAGUGAUUUUAAAGAGAGCCGCAGAUCUGGUUGAAGCACUUUAUGGAAUGCCCCAUAACAACCAGGAAAUCAUUCUUAAGCGAGCAGCAGACAUCGCUGAGGCCCUUUACAAUGUGCCACGAAACCACAACCAGCUGACAGGCCUGACCAACAGCUCUGUGCAUGCAAGCAUGAUGGGUGUAAACUCCUUCACUGGACAGCUAGCUGUUAACGUCUCAGACUCGUCUCAGGGUGGAAGCCAGGGUUUCAGUCGUAACACGAGUAGUGUAUCUCCGCAUGGUUAUGUGCCGAGCUCCACACCUCAGCAGAGCAGUUACAGUACAGUCUCCACCAGUAUGAAUGGCUACGGAAACAGCACCAUGACAAACCUGACCGGCUCCCCGAGUUUCCUGAACGGCUCUGCCGCCAAUUCACCCUAUGCCAUUGUUCCCUCCAGCCCCACCAUGGCCUCCUCAACCAGCCUGCCCUCAAACUGCAGCAGCUCCUCUGGGAUCUUCUCCUUCUCUCCAGCAAACAUGGUUUCAGCUGUGAAGCAGAAGAGUGCCUUUGCUCCUGUCGUUCGACCCCAGUCCUCACCUCCUCCCACAUGCACCAGCACCAAUGGAAAUGGUCUCCAAGAUCAGUCUUUUGUCGACUCUAACAAGUACUCCACAGCCAGCGCGCUCCAGGGCCUGGCCUUCUCCUGAAUGAUCCCUGGAAUGAUUGUUCCUCCCAUGUAGGGUGUGUUUGUGUGUGUGUGCAUGUGUGUGUGUGUGUGUGUGUUUGUUUGUGUGUAAAGAGACAGAGAAAGAUGAAACACGCUGUUUCGUGCCACUGGUCUCACUGAGCGUGUGCAGAAGACUCCGGCGAUGGACUGACCCCGCAGUCCUGCUCUGAAGGAUGAUAAACUACAAACUCAGGCCCUUUUUAAACUCAAUUUGCUUUGAAACAAAAGCAUAAUAGAGGUAGAACAAUAUGAAAAAAAAAAAAGACAACAACAUUGAACUGAACUAUUGUACCUCCCUGUUUUGAUGUUGAAAUUUGUACUCACCUUGUAGACACUUUUUAAGAUAAGGGGCAACAGCACAGACAAUGCUUACCCGCCCUACACUAAAACAUGAGAUGUCUAUUUAUUUAAAAAAACAAACUUAACAGUUGUUGAUUUGCCAUCAUAUUUGUGUGUUUCUGUGUGUACCACUCUUUUAUCAAAUGACCUGACACGAUAUUACAGUGGUUUCUAUUUAUGAUUUUUUUUAUUUUUUUAUUUUUUUUAUUUUUUUUUUUUUUAUGCUAAGUGAAGGAUUACCAGUGAUUUUUGUCCCACUGAAUUUGAAAAAUUGCUUUUGAAAAAAAAAGUAAUAAUUAAAAAAAAAAAAAAAAUUUUUUUUUAAAACAUCCUGUUCAGUUAGUCAAAAAUAUUCAAUUAAAGAAAGAACAUUUUGGGAUUGGAACAACACAGGCGUAUGUGAUUUAUGACAUAAUUUUCAUUUUUGGGUGAACUAUCCUUUUUAAGUCCUUAACUGAUCAUGUCAAGUGGUAAAAGUGUCCUUUUUGCCCUUUUUCCGUCUUUGAAAACCACAUCAAAUGUGUUAUUGCCAAUGAAAGAACUCCUCUCUUUUGCAUUGCUAUUGUCAUGACAUGAUUGUUACACUCAUAUUUGUUAAGAUUAGACAUUUCAUUCUCAUCUUUACCCUGUUUUUUUUCAUCAAAUCAUUAUACUAUGCCAAAAUGUAUAGACCAAACACUUACCCACAGUUACACAAAAUAGACGCUGCACAAAGACAAAUACGCAUCAUACACAGAGCCAAGAGGAUCAAAUAGCAAACUUUCUAAUGAAGGAUUCGUUUUUGUGAGAAAAAAACGCAAAUGACAGAAUCUUUAUCAGUAUGCCGUAUGUUGUAAUCUUCAUAUCUUUCAUUUUAAUUUGUUUGUUUUGUAGAAAAACUGUGAUAACAUCGAUAAUUUCUUUUGCAAUGUGUAGUGCUUCCUCUAGUAGACAGAUAAUGUUAAGACUGAAAUGACUGAAACGUUGCAGGAAGAUGAUUAUUAAAGUAUUUUAAUGCUCAUUGGAGCCGUUUUGCUCAUUGGUUAACACCAGAAUCAUGUAGAUCAGUCUUGUUUUUAGCACUGUGAAAGCUUUGUAUGAAAGAUUGAAGAUCUAGAUGAAGCCAUUACUUUUGUUUGGGUUCUAGCGUGUGUUGUGUACAGAGUGAUAAAUAUGUUUAAUUUGUCUUUUAUUUUGCCAAAGUCAUUGUUUAAAAUCUAUUUAUACAUCAGAAAGGAGUCAUAAGGCAGCUUUAUACAACCUAGUGUCACUGAUAUAAUGUUUACGCCAACCUUAGUGGAUCUCAUUGACUUUAGCUCUGAAGUUUUGAUGAUCACAAAGGGAUAUAUGUAGGAUAUCCAUAAGAAUAAUGUACGCGUAUCGCUUCAAUUUGUACAUGCUUCAUAUCUCUUUUCCUCACGUUUGUGUGUUUUCGCUCAUAAUAUGGUGAUAAUCUGUGUUUGUUAUUUUGUCAUCUGCCAAUUUGUGUCCAUAAAUGUGAUUUUGGAACUUCAUUUUUAUAGCAAUUUUUGUAUGUCAAAGUGCAACCAUGUUUUUGUAUUCCAUUUGCAUGAAGACAUUUUUAAAAAAAAUUUUUUUUUUUAUGCGAUAUACCAUUUAUUUUAUGUUAUUUGUAUUUUAUUUUUCAGAUGGCAAUUAUUAUUAUUUUUUGUUUAAAUAGUAAAUAUUUUAAAGCAAUGAACUUUGAGAAUAUAUAUAUAUAUACAUAUAUAUAUAUAUAUAUAUAUAUAUAUAUAUAUAUAUAUAUAUUCACCAGGUAAACAAUAUAAGUAUAGCCUGUCUUUUAAUUUUGCUUCUCUGGAACUCUGAAAGGGGCAGAUUUAUUGUUUUAAUAAACAGCGAAUUUAUUAUCUUUUCUUCAAGAAUCCAUUUUUAAGAGGGGAAAAAAACAACGCAAAUAUCUGUUCCUAUAUUUUCCUCAUCACUAAGUUCAUAAUCCUUCCACAAUCUCGUGGCAGUGUACCAACAGGUAAAUGUGUUAAUGCAGAUUUCUACAUUCUUACAUUAUUUAUUUAUUUUUUUUUAAUUUACUUAGAUGGCUUGUUUGGUAAAAAAAAAAAAAAAAAAACAAUAGUUCAACUAUAUAGAGUAACAGCACAAGAGUCUAUACAGUUAUUAGCUUCUACAUCUCAUUCCAUGACACUUUUUCCUCUAUAAUUCAUAUGUCACCUUGUAAUGAUUUUUCAUCCCAUACUUUUUUUUGUAUCACAUCACAAAAAAUCCCUACGUAUUUAAUUUUUCUGGUUCCCAACCCCCAAUAUCGGCUGAUUAUUUAUUUUAAAUUUUAUGAAUUAUGGCUUUCCCCAUUAUUUAAGAUUUCAUAAAAUGGGCAUAAAUUGUAAAUGUGUCAUUUGGUGCUCAAUUGAUUUACUGAUUAAUAAAUCACACAUCCAAACUGACAAGAAGUCUGCUAUUAUUCCUGUUGAUCACAUACUUUCAGUGGGCAGUUUUUACUGGUGAAAAAAUAUAAAAAAAGAAACUACUGUAAAGAUUAUGAUUUUUAAUUACCUUUGAACUGUAAAAUAACUUUUUGACACUCACAAUAUUUAAUUAAAGUUUCCUCUUGUCUGUGA